AUGGCGUCGUUUGGGCGUUUAUUUAAAUUCAUUCUUUUAUUCUGUUAUUCUAAACUGCCAAACACCGAUGUCACCAAUCAGGCAUUUUCAUUUUUACGUUCUUCUUACUUUGAGAAAUACAGUCGAUAUCUCAAAAGAUUCCAUGGGGAAAUUUCAGUCGAUUUAGUUCUUAAUUUAUCAAUUUAUUUUCUCUGCUGUGACAGGUUCUCUUACGUUUCUUAUCUCUAUUUCAUCUAUCUAUCUAUCUAUCUAUCUAUCUAUCUAUCUAUCUAUCUAUCUAUCUAUCUAUCUCAGGCUGUUCUAAUCUUUGUCUCAGUUUAUCUUCCAAACUUCAACAUUAUCCCAAAGAUCCAACAUGCGAGAAAAGGCAGAAGCGUUGAAAGACGAGGAAAAAGCAUUGAAAUAAGAAGAGAAAGAAGAAGCCAUGUCCAAAUCCCUUUGCUGACGAUCCAGCACUUCCAGUCACCUCCUCCAUCUUCACUUAUUCAUCGCAGAGACACCCGGGACCAGAUUUCCGUUGUAUACAACGGUCUAUGUUUUGAUUUCAUCAAUCUACUCAUUAUUGGCUCUCUUUACAAUCAAAUCCAGCAUUCAUUUUUCGAAUUUGCGUUCGACAGUGUGGUCUUGGAUAAUCUUACGUGUGCAUGGGUUGAGUUGGAGGACCGUUAA